AUGGCGAUCACCUUGGACUCUCUACCCGACGAGGUCAUACAGUUAAUUCUGACGCACUUACCACCAACCACAACAGUCGCGGUUCAGCGCACCAGUAAGCGAUUUAUGAACAUUGUCAACGAGCCUCUUUUGUGGAAAUCCUUCUGUCGAAACUCGUUCAGGUGGUGGGAUCGACACUGGAAUUUUCAUAUAAAUCUAGCAGAUCCAUCAUUCCUCAACUGGAAGGUUCUUUUUGGCAAUCGCUACGAGUCAUAUCUUCAAACUAGACGGCGUCUUGACAAUAUUGUCACUAAUGAAAUUGGGCGUCUUCGUGAAAUCCAGAACAUUCUGAGCACAGGCUAUGAUGCCAAAGAUGCACUGUUGGACCUGUACUGGAAUUCCUCGUCCUCGCCAAAUCACCUGGCCCAAAGCAGAUAUUGGAGCCAUGCUGUUCUCGGCUGCCUACACCGCCUUAUCGCUGUCGAGGAAUGGCUAGCCAUCAAGCAGGCGAGUAUGCCGUACGUUCGAGAAAGCUCGCUCCCCUACGAAAGACCUCUUGCGGCACUUGACAUGUUCAUUCUAGAGGAACACAGAGAGGGGGAUGUUGACGAUAUCUUUGCUCGCCUAAACUCCUACGUCGACUCAGUGCGCUGCGGUUGCCCACUGAUUGACGAGUUGACACCACGACAAAAAGCGGUUGCCAUUGCCGAUCAUCUACUUGAGAAGAAGUGGAUAGGCAUUCACGAUAAUCGCCACUAUCACAGCCUAGACCACAUGUUCUUGGGGGUUUCGCUAUUCAGCUCGAACAGAAACUCUGUCCCGUUGAUCUCAUGCAUUAUAUUUUGCUACGUCGCACGCGCAUUCGACCUUCGCGCCGCCCCGUGCAGCUACCCUUUCCAUGUCCACGCUCUCAUCCAGCCACCCCAGGGAAUCGAUCUGGAUGGUAACCCGCUUCCAGAAGGCGAGAACCAGGAGCCAUCGAGUCAAACACAUCUCUACAUGGACCCUUUCAACAACUCCAACCCAAUCUCUCGGUCUACCCUCGAAAACCGUAUUCGAUUCAUCGGCCCCACAACCACAGCGUCACAGACCGAAUCAUAUCUCUCAGCCGCUUCUCCUCGCGAUCUCACAAUGCGGACAGCCCAUAAUAUCCUCUCUUCACCAUCCCACUACGCCGGCCCACCCGUACACCCGGUCAACCCCAAUCUUGCGACCUAUGCAGCUCUCUUCUCCCUGGUGCUCCUUCCAUCGCUUCCAACCGCCCAUCCGGCUCAAUUGCGCCAACAUCUCGCCGUCUUGACGCAACAUUUUCUGGAGUUCUUCGAGCUCGACGUCCAUCUCUUCGAAACGCGGAUUCUGCCACUGACAAACUCGUUGCCAGACGCUCGUUCGUAUCGAAAUCUGAUUCACUCACUCAGAGAUUCGGACAAUGACUCCCGGGUACCAAAGUACCGCACGACUGAUCCACGCAAUGAAAAUGUCCAGUUCACGGUUGGCCAGGUCUUCCGUCACCGGCGCCGUGGGUACCUCGCCAUAAUCUACGGCUGGGAUCCAUAUUGCAAAAUGCAGGAGCAAUGGAUCACCAUGAAUCAAGUGGACACCUUACCGAAUGGUCGUCAUCAGCCGUUUUACAAUGUCAUAGUUGAGGAUGAAUCGACACGCUAUGUCGCCGAGGAGAAUGUCGUGCUGCUCCAGCCUGGUGAGAUCUCAAAGGAGGAAUUGAUCGGUUCGUUUCCCAUCGAGAUUGGAAAGUGGUUCAAACGCUAUGAUGAAGCGUCGGGCAUUUUCGUGAGUAACGUCAGGCAGGAGUAUCCAGAAGACUGA